AUGUUAGUCUAUACGGCAACUUUGAGCUCAAGGUUGAAGCUGAUAGCAAGAAACACAAGACAGCUUUCCAAUUUAUUAGCGUCAGUGCCUCAAGCACCUCAAGAUUUAGAAUUUCAAUUGAAUGAAGAAUUCCAAAAUGAUACCAGAAAAAGAAAAAUAGAUCUUUUUUCUGGAAUAGCCACAGAUUCAUCGAAUGAAGUAAUACUAUUUACUGUUAUCCAAAAGGCUAGACAAAUGUUGGCUAAAAGAGACAACAAUCCUCCGAAUGAUCUAUCCUAUUUACCAGACCGUGUCACGACAGAUCUGAAAAUUGGAAUAAUAGGUCUCAUCUUUAAAGAUUCUUGCCCAAAUUAUGGACCUGCAUUACUACUAAAAAAGCGUGUUGUAAUAGAACCAACAGAUGGAGUAACAGGUGCACUAGCUACUGCCGCAAAACUACUGACAUUAUCCUCGCUAAGUAACACAGUUUGGAUUCCAGAACCAUCUCCCCCAAAUACCGCCAAUGUAUUCGAGAUCAAUGGCUUUACAAAUAUAAAGUACUAUCCAUAUGCGAAAAAUGGAGAAAUCACUACUAAAGAAUGGCUCGAGACCAUACGUCAAGGAUCAGAUGGAUCACUACAAUGCAUCUUACUGAAUGGGUGUUGUGAUUCGGCAUCUGGAAUUGACCCAACGAGAGAAGAAUGGCACGAGAUUAUUCAAACCGUUUAUGAUUUAAAUAUGGUACCUAUCAUUGACAUGUCAUAUCAAGGAUUGAAAUCAGGAAAUCCUUCAAGCGAUGCUUUAGUGAUACGCACUUGUUUGAAUGCUUCAAAAUUCAAGGAAUGGAGAAAUGGGAUAUUUAUAUGUCAUUCUUUUAAAUAUACAAUGGGCUUAUGGGGAGAUGACGUUGGUUCUCUGACUAUUGUCCUUCCUAAAGAAGUUGCUGGGAAAACAAAAGAGAUUACUGCAAGAAUGAAGGAUAUUGGAAGGUAUCUCCAUCCACUUCCACCGACGCAGUCUUCAAGAUUGGUGAGUUUAAUAUUGUCUGACCCUACUCUGAAAAGGGCAUGGUAUAGUAAUUUGAAAAAUAGAGUUGAAUCCAAUAUAACAAUGAAAAGAAGAUUAUUUCACUGUUUACAUUGGAUUGAUUUACUGGAAACGGAACAUAGACACAAUAUGACUUAUACUCCAGGAUUUAGUGAACAACAGCUUGAAAACUUGAAACGGAAAUAUUCCAUCUACGCCGGGAUUCAUGGGGAGCUCCAAUUGAACUCCUUUAGCAGGUUCCGUACAAUUUGCGAAGCCUUUGAAGAUGUUACUGCUAAAAACAUAAAAAAAUGA